GUAACUAGUCCGCUGGUAAAUUGUCUUCCACGUGCAAUUUUAUCAGGGCUGCUCAUGUUUUUUGUUUAGUUUUGAGUGCAAAAUUUUAACCUUUCAUUAGCCAUGUUGGUAUUAUUCGAAACGCCAGCAGGGUAUGCAAUUUUUAAGCUCCUAGAUGAGAAGAAACUUCAGAAAAUUGACAACCUUUAUAAGGAUUUUGAGACACCAGAUGCUGCGAGUCAAGUGGUUAAGCUAAAGCAUUUUGAAAAGUUCAAUGACACAACUGAGGCCUUAGCAGCUGCAACAGCUACAGUGGAAGGCAAAAUGAGUAAGAGUCUUAAAAAGGUUUUAAAGAAAAUUGUUGCCAAAGACAUUCAUCAAGAAUUGGCUGUCGCUGAUGCUAAGCUGGGAGGUGUCAUAAAGGAGAAGCUUAGUUUGAACUGUGUGUCGAGCUCAGCAGUUCAGGAGCUCAUGCGAGGUAUUAGACUGCAGCUUAACAGCCUCAUCACAGUUUUUUUCAGCUUGUCACGUUAUAAACUCAAGUUCAGUCCUGAUAAAGUGGAUACCAUGAUUGUUCAGGCAAUAUCUUUACUUGAUGACUUGGACAAAGAACUCAAUAACUACAUCAUGCGCUGCCGUGAGUGGUAUGGCUGGCAUUUUCCUGAGCUGGGCAAGAUAGUCACUGACAACUUAGCUUAUGCCAAGACUGUCAAAACUAUGGGUAGGAGAAUCUCUUUGUCACUGAAUUUGAAAACUGCUGGUUCGUCAGAAUUUCUCAAUGAACCGAUGAGGGUACAUGCACAACUGCAAGUUUCAAAAUACANUUUUCUUGCCUUUCAGAUUUCUGAAGAAGACAUAAAUAACAUCAUCUAUCUAUGUGAUCAGGUGAUUGAAAUCACUGAUUACCGUGCUCAGCUUUAUGAUUACCUCAAGAAUCGUAUGACAGCUAUUGCUCCAAACUUGACUGUACUCGUCGGGGAACUUGUUGGAGCCAGACUCAUUGCCCAUGCAGGUUAACAUUAUUCUAUAAUGAUAAUUGAUAGUUUAAUGUCAAUGCUGGUAAAUAUAUUCCUGUAAAAAGCUAUAUUUUGUUUCAGUGUUAAUUGCCUUAUUGUUUAUUGUGUUAACAGGGCACUCAAGACAAAACAUGAUACUCCCAAGUAUGGUCUGAUCUUCCAUGCAUCUCUUGUGGGCCAAACAACACCAAAGCACAAGGGAAAGAUCUCCAGAAUGCUGGCGGCCAAAACAGCCCUUGCAGCAAGAGUAGAUGCCUUGGGUGAAGACAGUGGAACAGCUAUGGGCAUUGAAAACAGAGCCAAGCUUGAAAUGAGGUUGAAAUCCUUAGAAGAGAAUCAGCUAAGAAGAAUCAGUGGAACUGGCAAGACCAAAGCCCGAGUGGACAAGUACGAAAACAAGAGGUAUGAAGACAAACAGUCACAACCUAUUUCACUUCCUUGUGCUUUGACUUGUACAAGCAGCACUAGAAACCCCUUUUCAGCUCUUGAAAUGAAGUCAGUUGAGUAUUCUAUCACUCUGAAAUCUUCACUGUCAGAUCAAUUUUUAUUUUUGCAGCUAAGAAGAAUCAGUGGAACUGGCAAGACCAAAGCCCGAGUGGACAAGUACGAAAACAAGAGCGUGGUGAUGUCGUACAACCCUGCUACUGACUCAACAAUUGCCACACCCGGAAAGAAGAGAAAGAGAUCAGAGGAAAAUGGAGAGGUGGCACCAGGCCACAGCGUCCCAGUUACACCGAGCACGCUUACCACCGAGGAAGAUGAUGCAGAAACGCCAGCAAAGAAAACAAAGAAAGAAAAGAAGAAAAAGAAGAAGAAGGAAGAGGAAGUUCGAUAAUCUGAUGACGAACCACAGACGCCAAAGAGUGAAGAAAAGAAGAAAAAGAAGAAGAAGAAGAAAGUAAAGAAGGAAGAAGACUCAGAUUAACUUAACACGGAUGAACUUUGUUUUAUUUGUUUUACAAUAAAUUUACACACUUGAUUCUCUUAAAAAUUUUUACUACCUAGCACCCAAGACAAAACUCGUUGCUUUUUGUUUUUCUUCGACAUCUGGAAAAAAAGGUCUUUUGUGCUUAUAUAGAUAAUCAAGUUACUGUG